GGGCCAGAGGCUGACCGCUGCCCUUUUGCAACAGAUGACCGGACCCAGACCCUUCCCGAUGGCGUCCCAAAAGGACUGAGCAGGCCAGCAUGCUCUUCCUCUUCCUCACUUCCUGGGCUCUUCUUCCUCUUCUUCUUCUUCUUCCCAAAGGGUCCGCCAUCUAUCAAAGGCCCACCAGGAACCCCGCCCCGGCUGCUCCGCUGCUGCUCCGCUUCCUCCGCCCGCCGACCACCCCGUGGGUGAGGGUCCGCCGGGGGUCAGUGGCGCUGCUGCCCUGCCUGCUGGCGGCCGAUCUGCCCCCGGGAGGAAGGGUGCGCUGGAGCCGGGUGGAGGCUGCGGCCUUCCUAGAGGUGGUCAUCCUGGUCUGGGACGGGGUCCGGCACAAGACCUACGGGCCACUGGGCAGCCGGGCCCGGCUUGCGGGAAGGGACCCCCGGGAUGCCUCGCUGACCCUCGGGCCGGUGGUCCUGGAGGACGAGGGGCGGUUCCGGUGCCAAGUGGUCAGCGGCCUGGAGGACGAGAGCAUCGCCCUGGACCUCCAGCUGGAAGGUGUGGUCUUCCCUUACCAAUCCAGCGAGGGCCGCUAUAAAUUCAACUAUUUGGAUGCCAAGAAGGCCUGCCAGGAGCAGGACGCCCGCCUGGCCACCUACGAGCAGCUCCAUAAAGGCUGGAGCGAAGGGCUGGACUGGUGCAACGCGGGGUGGGUCCUGGAGGGGGGCGUCCACUACCCCAUCGUCCGGCCCCGAGAGCCCUGUGGGGGGCGCUCCCUCCCCCCAGGGAUCCGUACCUACGCCCACCGGGACCCCCAGCGGGACCGCUUCGAUGCCUUCUGCUUCACCUCCGCCGUCACAGGCCGUGUCUCCUUCAUCCGUGGCCACUUCACCUUCCGGGAGGCGUCCCAGGCCUGUGGUGCGGAGGGAGGGGGGGCUUCCUUGGCCAAAGUGGGGCAGCUCCUGGGGGCCGGCCACUUCCCCGCUUCUUCCUCUUCCCGCCUGGACGCCUGCAAAGCGGGGUGGCUCCAGGACGGCAGCGUCCGCUUCCCCCUCGUCGUCGCCACGGAGACACGGCCCCCCCAUUGCGGGGGUGUCCACGACCCCGCCCUGCGCGGCUUCGGCUUCCCCAGCAGACUGCGCAGGAAGUAUGGCGCCUACUGCUUCCACCCCAAGUAG